GAGCCAGGUAGAUUGGAUAGAUCUGGUCUGGUCGUAUUGCUUUGAGCACUCUUUUUUUUCGCUUCAAUGUUUUUGCGAUUCGAGCCCUGAUAUUUGAUUUGAUCUAAAUUUAUAUUUCUUCUUUGCUACUGAGAACCGAAACGCCAUCGAUUCGUCAUUAGGGUUUCCAGAUCUCAUCCAUUUUUGUACCGUCUCAUCGGUAUCUUUGUCUGAUCUCGACAAUCAAAUCUUCAUAAAUUUCGUUUGCGUAUGCCGACACUAAAACUUGCAUCUAUAUAGGAACUGAAUUUUGAAGAUUCGUUUCUGAAUUGGAACGCUAUAGUGAUAGAGAUGCCUGUGAAAGCAGGGCAGUCGUCAUACCGGGAUCGGACGCAAGAGUUUUUGAGUGUCGCUGAUCGGCUGAAGAAAUCUUUAUCGUCGUCGGCCACCAAUGCGCAAUCGAGCAGUAGUGUCGGUGGCAACGCCAAGCAAGAUGGAACAAGAGCGGCGGUGGCGAUUCAGUCGGAGUUCAACAAAAGGGCGUCCAAGAUCGGGUUUGGGAUCCACCAGACGUCUCAGAAGCUUUCACAGCUCGCAAAAUUGGCAAAGAGAACAUCGGUGUUUGAUGAUCCAACAAAGGAGAUCCAAGAGCUGACAGCGGUAAUAAAGCAGGAUAUUCAAGCACUUAAUUCAGCUGUUGUGGACCUUCAACUUGUCUGCAAUUCCCAAAACGAAAGUGGAAACAUGUCCAGUGACACCACAACUCACUCGACCACAGUUGUAGAUAACCUAAAGAACCGCUUAAUGAGCACUACAAAGGAUUUUAAGGAGGUUCUUACCAUGCGGACGGAGAACUUAAAAGUACAUGAGAAUAGAAGACAGCUGUUUUCUUCUACUGCUUCAAAAGAUUCACCAAAUCCUUUUGUGCGCCAACGUCCAUUGGCUUCCAAAUCAGCUGCUGGGGCAUCAAAUACUCCUCCACCAUGGGCCAAUGGCUCCUCUUCUUCUUCACAAUUAUUUCCGAGCAAGCAGACAGAUACAGAAUCUCAACCAUUGCUCCAGCAGCAGCAGCAGCAGCGACAACAGCAGCAACAGAUGGUUCCGCUACAAGACAGUUACAUGCAGAGUAGGGCUGAAGCUCUCCAUAAUGUGGAGUCGACAAUUCAUGAGCUAGGCAGCAUAUUCACACAACUGGCAACCAUGGUUUCACAGCAGGGAGAGCUUGCCAUCAGGAUCGACGAGAACAUGGAUGAUACACUGGCUAAUGUAGAAGGGGCACAGAGCCAGCUGGCAAGGUACCUUACCAGUAUAUCAUCCAACCGGUGGUUGAUGAUCAAGAUAUUUGGUGUUCUGAUUGUCUUCCUCAUGUUUUUCUUAUUUUUUGUGGCAUAAGAAUAUUCAUGGAAACUAGUCAAAGGAAAAGAGAAUCAUAGAGCUGUUCUAUAUUUUUGUUUUAUUGGUGAUUUGCCCUUUUUGGGCGGAAGUUGAUUUUCUUUCCCAUUCAAUUGAGUAUACCUAAAAUCACAUCUAAUGUACUCCAUAGUAUUAUUUCAAUUAGUGAAAUCUUUUUCAGUUCCCAGAA